AUGUCAACGCCGUGCAAUGCAACCAACAUCAACAAUAUAACAACGACCACUACAUGUCUACGAAACACAUACAACAAAAACAAAAAAAAAACACAAUCAUCCAACAUUUUAACAAUGCACCUUUCGCAACAAAAUAAUGAAAUGUUUACGCUGCUACUCACUUAUUUACGCGAUUUCAUUGUGUUGCCAUGGCUAUUGUUGCACUUGCUGCGUUUCGUUGCGUUUACAGUGCCACCUGAUAUUCUUGAUUAUCCAACCAGCACCGAUAUGGUGAUACGAGAAGGCUCCAAUGUUACGUUGAAAUGCGCAGCAGUUGGCUCACCAACGCCGACCAUCACGUGGCGGCGCGAAGGAGGCGAACCCAUACCACUGCCAAAUAAUUCAGAGGUGAUCGCCUACAAUGGCUCCUACUUGACCAUAUCGAAGGUGAAACGUUUAAAUAUGGGCGCAUACUUGUGCAUCGCUUCAAAUGGCAUUCCACCAACGGUCAGCAAGCGAGUAAUGCUAAUUGUGCACUUUCCGCCCAUGAUUUGGAUACAAAAUCAAUUAGUCGGCGCUGCUAUUGGCCAGAACAUUACGCUCGAAUGUCAAUCGGAAGCAUAUCCGAAAUCCAUCAACUAUUGGAUGAAGAAUGACACAAUCAUUGUGCCUGGUGAGCGUUUUGUGCCCGAAACAUUUGAGACUGGCUACAAAAUAACGAUGCGAUUAACCAUAAACGAUGUUGACACACUGGAUUUCGGUUCAUAUCGUUGUGUGGCAAAGAAUUCGCUUGGCGAUACAGAUGGCACAAUUAAACUCUAUCACAUUCCGCAAACAACGACAGUGACCACAAUAGCACCAACUGUGGCGCUCAAUACCGUACCGGUGGUGAUUGUUAAAUACAACAACAAAGAUCAACGUUUCAAUAAAAAAGUUCAUCGCACAAAAUCGAAUGCAGCAGAUACGCCAUCAUCGUCGGUGAAUAAUGUCUUUGUUGGUGCCACAUCGAGCUUAUGGAAUUCACAGGACCAUGGCGCGGGGAGGGAGCAUCAUCAAUCACCCGAUCACAGCAACUACCGCAGCGAUGCGAAAUCGGCUACAAACAAACAUGACGCCGAUUUGCUGACCGACGACAACGAAGCCAUACACGGUGCUGCCUGUACCACAGCUAGUACGCAUGCGCUGGUGCGUUAUGUAGGCGUGGCGCUAUUUAUAGCAUUUUGUGUGCGUGUGUAGCAAAUAUUGAGUCGAUAUUAGCAGGAGAAACAACAACAAUGGCAAACACCACAGUGAAGGCGAGAGCAGUAAUGUGGUACAAAAAGUGUAAAUUUAACUAAAAUAAUAACUAAAUAGAGUGGACGUUAAGGUUUAAAGAAAAAAACAAUUAAAUACAGAAGUAAGGUAACUUAACUCUAUUUACUUGUACAUGUUGCAAGAAAAUGCUUGUUUCUUUGAUUGUUUUAUGUUAGGGGCCGAAAUUAUAUACGUACAUAUAUUUAUCAGUUUAAAAAAAAAAGUUUACCUCAAUUUUUCAAUGAGUAUUUUCACAAAUAUUUAAAGCCAAGAUUUUGGUUCACAAUUACUUGCCGCCGUAUUCAACAGAGAAACCGUCAAACUCAAUUAUAAAAUAAUUAAUUGUAUAGAGCAGUUGAUUAAAGAUAAAUUAACUAAAAUAUGUGCAUAGUGAAGUAAAAAGAUUUAUGUAAACUAGUACACUUUGCUUAGUUGCGGGCUUCAUGUACACGCACACAACCGUAGAAAUAGACAAAAAGUACACAUUUAUACAUACAUACAUACAUAUGAAAAUUAUACAUAGAUUUAAAUUUAGCGACUAAAUGCUGCAUUAAUUGAAAAUGUAGUAUGUAUUAGCUGUGCUGUGUAACGGUGUAACACCGCACAAUUGUUGAUUAUGAUGCUGAGAUUUAUGAAAUAUUUAAAAUAAAUAUAAGUAUAUUAACUAAGCAUUAGUAAUAGAACAUAUGUACGUACUGAGGCAACUUGCUAGGGUAAUAUAUAUCAAAACUAAUUCAAGCAAAAAAAAAAAACUAAAAUUAAAAUAAUAAACUAUUAUAUUUGAGACUUGAUAGCCUGCCUGCUUUACUUGA